CAUAACUGCCGAGCUGUGUGCCAUAAGUACCACAAUGAAGGUCGUUGCCGGUUCCUGUUCCCCCAUGAGAUCAUUGAAGAUUCGUACUUUGAUCCAGACACGAAUUCUGUAGCUCUUAAGUGUCUGGAUGGGACGGUGAAUUAUUUCAAUCCGUACAUUCUGACUUUCUGUAGACACAAUCAUGACAUUAAAUGUAUUUUGUCUGGUAAAGGAGCGAAGGCUGCCAUGUUUUAUAUAUCGGAUUACAUCACCAAAAUGGAUGUGAAGACCUAUGAAGUCCUAUCAUUGCUC